CCAGUUCUAUAAUGAACUUUGACAUAUAUACCCCCACUUCCUUGAAAUUUCUACAUGAACAGAUUGAAAGUUGAGCAUCUCCAAGACUUCAACAUCUAAAAAUAAUAAUUACUGAAUACUGAUAGCCUACGCUCCAUUAUGUUUUAAGUUUCAUUUUCACAAGACUAGUCAAAAUUGUACACUGGCUGUAUACCUUAGCAAUACAGGAACUACAGCAAAUCAGAGUCACCAACUCACCAUUAUAAAAUAUUCAAGGGUCAUUUUUUUUUUGUUGCAUAUCUUCUCAGCCUUCUAUGGCCUCUUGCUUUCUAAUUUUGCUGCUUCUGCUUUCCUUCAUUUUCCUUCUUCCAUCUGCUAUUUCGAUUUCCUUUCAGAAGUCUCGUUUUGAUAAAGAUGAUAAUAGCAUAUACUACGAAGGAGAAGCGAAGCCUUUUGUUGGAACCAUUGAUUUCACCAGCACAAAUUAUCUAUGCCAAGUUGGUAGAGCCUUCUACACCAAGAAGGUGCCAAUCUGGGAUUCCAAAUCCAGAAGGCUUGCAGACUUCACUACCCAUUUCACUUUCAGCAUCGACACUAAAGGCCGUACCUCUUAUGCAGCCGGAUUUGCAUUUUUCCUUGCUCCUGUUGUAUUUCCAAUCCCAGUGAACUCAAUUGGUGGUUUCUUAGGCCUCUAUAACACCACAACCACUGGAUCCUCUCAUAACCAAAUUGUCCAUGUUGAAUUCGACACCUUUUCGAAUUCUGAUUGGGAUCCUCCAUAUGGACAUGUGGGGAUUAACCAAAACUCAAUUUCUUCAGCAGUUACCACUCCUUGGAAUGUUAGUUUACAUAGUGAAGACAUUGCUGAUGUUUGGAUCAAUUACAACUCUACCACCACGAACUUGAGUGUGUCUUGGACUUACCAGAAAACCAAUACUUAUCGAGAGAAUUCUAGUCUUUCUUACAUUGUUGAUCUGAGAGAGGUCCUUCCUGAGUGGGUUACAAUUGGAUUUACUGCUGCCACGAGUAAUCUGCUAGAAAGACAUACAGUUCUGUCUUGGGAGUUCAGUUCAAGCUUGGAUAUGGAGGAGGAGGACUCAAACGGAAAGGAUGCCAAUUCUUUAGGACUCUUAGUUGGUCUACCAGUUUCAGCAAGUGUUUUCCUUUUUGGAGCAAUUAUAGCUUUUGGUAUUUGCCGUAGAAAGAAGCUGCAGAAGAAGAAAAGGAAGCAUAUAGCAGAGAAAUCGACUUUAGCAUCAAUAAAUGAAGACCUGGAAAGAGGAGCCGGACCAAGAAGGUUCUCUUAUGAAGAACUAGUUUCUGCUACCAAAAACUUCUCCAAUGAUAAGAAAUUAGGUGAAGGAGGAUUUGGUUCUGUCUACAAAGGCUACCUGAUAGAUUUAGACAUGCUAGUUGCUGUGAAGAAAAUAUCAAGAGGUUCUAGACAAGGCAAAAAAGAAUAUGUGACCGAGGUCAGUGUUAUUAGCCGGUUGAGGCACCGGAACCUGGUGAAACUUGUCGGUUGGUGUCACGACAGUGGUGAGUUCUUGCUCGUUUAUGAGUUCAUGCCAAAUGGAAGCCUUGAUAUGCAUCUGUUCAACAAGAGAAGUUAUACUCCUCUGAACUGGAAUUUGAGAUAUAAGAUUGCUCUCGGAAUAUCCUCUGGAUUGCUCUAUCUUCAUGAAGAAUGGGAGCAAUGUGUGGUGCAUCGCGACAUCAAAUCAAGCAAUAUAAUGCUGGAUUCGAGUUUUAAUGUCAAGCUUGGAGAUUUUGGGUUAGCUCGGCUCAUGGACCAUGAGCUAGGUCCCCUGACAACUGGGUUAGCAGGAACUUUAGGCUACCUUGCACCUGAAUAUAUAAGCACAAGAAGGGCUAGAAAGGAAUCAGAUGUGUACAGCUUUGGAGUGGUGGCAUUAGAAAUUGUAACAGGAAGAAAGACAAGCGAGCCCUUGGAGGAGAACUCCGAAAUGGGUUUGGUAGAGUGGGUUUGGAAUCUUUAUGGAAAUGAAAAUCUUCUUUCAGGUGUUGAUCCGAGACUGCAAUCGGAUUUCGACAUGGGGCAAGUUCAGUGUUUGAUGAUUGUUGGACUCUGGUGUGCUCAUCCUGAUCUCAAUUUUAGGCCUUCAAUAAGACAAGCAAUUCAAGUGUUGAAAUUUGAAGCCAAUAUUCCUAAUCUUCCAAGCAGAAUGCCUGUUCCUAUGUUUCAUGUCCCUGACAUUCCUUCAAUCGGUGUUACUGGUGAACCUUUGAUGACUACUAAUUCAGUUAUUGAAGUGUCUCUUUAAGCUAUCUUAUCCCCUCAAUUUCUGAGGCAAAUCUAUAUGUAAAUCUUUCAGUCUGGUUAGCAAAUUAACAAUUUUUUGCUUAUCAGAAGUCUUGACAAACUUUUGAUUUGUCUGUGUAUUAUUGGAAAUAAAAAUUUCAAUGCAAGUUGUCUACAGAAUGGAAUGAUUAAAGUUGGAGGCCAUCAA